UGGAUAAAAUACUAAACAAUUUGACAGCAGCAAAGUGAAUUAGUGAGAAGGGGUGAUGGCCGUCAUUGGAAUCUUACUGAUGUUGCUCCAAGUUGCUCAUGGUGUGGAGCCAUACUGUGAUGGCAGACAGAAUGAUACUCAUUGUUAUGGAGCUUUGGGAGAAGCUGUGGACCUUCUGCUGGUGGACAACAUCUCAGAAAUACACAGAUUCCAGUGGAAAAAGGACAGCUCAAUAAUAUUCAUGUGGAGAGUCAACAACAUUAUCUCUAGCACAAAGGAGAGCAGAUUUCUCUUUUUUUCCAGUAAUGGAACAGUUAGGAUCAAUAACCUGAGCAGGAAUGACAGCGGUGAAUAUAAACUUGAAAUCCAUGAUGAAGACGGAAAGAGCUCAGCACAGAGAACUCUGCAGCUGUUUGUUCAAGCUCCUGUGUCCUCUGUCCAGCUGGUUUCUGAGUGUGUCCCCCAGGGAAAGCUAAAGGUGUCCUGUCUGUCUGAGGGUGGGGACAGUCCUCAGUACGACUGGACUCUGGAUGGACACACACUGACAGACUCUGAGCUGUUUUCUAGAAAUAAUGAGACUAACAUCAUCUUUCUGAGACAAAACAUCUCGGGCCGUCUGGUUUGCUCAGUCAGGAAUAAAGUCAGUAAUUCCUUUAAAGAGAUGAAGAUAUCUGACUAUGGUUGCAUAUUCAUUAACUGCAUUUCCAAUGGGACACAAAUAUCUAAGUGGGUGUAUAAAGAAAAUAACAGCCUGUGUGUUGAACCAACAACAGUCCCGGUUGUGGGUAAGACGACACAGACAAAUACUUCUACAAGUCCUGACAGCAAUGGUCAACCUUGGUACAUUACGCUGUUGCCAGUAAUGGCUGGUCUACUCGCAGCUUUGGUAAUUGUCUUAAUAGUCGGCAUCACAUUCGUCUGUGCUCACAAGAAAAAGAAAAAUGUCAAAGUGGAGGAAGAUGACCAGGAACUGACCUAUUCUGAUGUUAGGAUUGUGAAAAAGCAGGAGAGGAAAGUGGAGCAAAGUGUGGAGGUUGAUGUCGAGUACGGAAAGAUCAAGUUUUCAAAGAGACCACAACAAGACCAGUCAAAAUCAACAGUGGAUGAUGACACUGUGUACGCACAAGUGAGCAAAGGCAGGUGAUUUGUAAUGUCCAACAGGCCCAUUUUUGCAUGUUUACAAAGACUGCACCACAAAAGGCUGAGAGAGGGAGAGGUGAUAGAAAGGUUGACAAAGUCUUUCAUUUGGUGUGAUUUCCUGUUAAAGAUGCAAGUUGUGAGCCCAUUUAUGGAGGCUAAUGCAGCUGUCCUGCCUUCAACGGCCAGUCAGGGCCAUGUACUGCAUAUCUCUCUGUGUCCCCUCCUACUGUCUGAUAUACUGUUGAAUAAAGGACAGCAGUGGCACUAAA